GUAGCCGUGCCAAAUUUUCCUCAAAUUCUUGCUCCACAUUUUCUCUGGCCUGAAAAAAAAUAACAUCAUCCUCUGAAGUGCAGCUCAGUGGGGCAAACUAUCAAAAUUUCCACCUAAAAACCACACUCUUGUGGGCAUUUGAGUGAAAAUUGAGGAAAAAUCUCUGUGGAAUUGUGGUCAAUUUGGUGUUUAGCGAGGAUUUCCCCUGUGACUUGAUAUCGAGAGGAAUAUAGAAGAAAAAAAAGAGCAGAAAAUUUUCGGGGGUUGUUCUUGGGAAGAACAAGGAAAAGUGACUGUGAUAGAAAGGGUUGUGGGGCUUUUUCUUUCUUAUACGCUCCUUCGACAAUUUGUAUCUCUUGGUGACUCCACAAUGAAAAAUCUUCCCUUGCUGACACAAAGUGGGAUUAAGUCAUCUUCUACUUCUUUGCAGGAUUAAGAGGCCAGCUGAUGUUUUUUUUCUGUUGUCUUCUGGUCUCUUUUGGGUUCACAACAAGUUCGCGCUCCGAGACUUUUUCGCGAGGGGGGUGGUGGGAGUGACAAAAAGUUCGAAGGGUGAAAUGUGAGACAAUUAAUACGAAGUGGAGUGACGUCUGGGGAUGAUUUUUCCACCAGAGUCAAAUCAACUGAAACGAGGAAAAUUUCUGAUCAAUGGGGUGGGAGUGACUUUUGAGGAAAAUAUCUCACCUCUGUGCCAGUUGGUGUGGAAAAGCACUUCACAGAGAAAAUUUAUCGAUUUCCGGCCAGGAGACACUAGAGGAUUCAUCCAAUCGAGAGAAUUGGGUUCUGUGAUUUCAGCGGUUCACGAGAGAUAAAAUCAAACACCGUUCAACCUAUCACCUCCACCAGCCCCAUGGUACCCCAAUGAAUAAAUAAUAAGGUCAUCCUGAACCACUAUAUCAGUGACAUUCCAAGCUAAGUCUCCGUGCUGUUGGCGGUGGACGAAGAAAUAUUAGUGGUAGAGUUCUUUUUUUUUGCGUGGUACGUGAAGCUGAGGGUUGGAGAACUGGAAUGGAUCAUGCGCUCAUCUUGUGAUUUGUUUAUAUUCAACUCCACUGACGCUCUCUCGUCUGAGAAGAAAAGUGCUCCACAUUGUGUUUGGACCUUAUUCAAUUAUCCACCACGGGAUCAUCCUCUGUGAGUGAAUCGUUCCAAAUCUGCGAGACAUUGCGACAAAGGAUCUCCCAACUUUUGCGCAUCUCAUACAUUUUGCAACACGCGUCUCCACAAAUUCACCCCAUGGAUGGGGUGGAAAACUCAACCCUAAUCAGCCAACCCGGAAAAGCCCGCGCAAUCAGUGGGUGAAAAAAAAAGAAAAAUUUGCACGCCGGCGAAUCGGUACGUGACACUCUAAUUAAUGAGGUGGCGGUAACAGCACUCAGCCCUUAACACCCCCAGAGAGUCCCUUCUGGACUCCGGAUUUUUUUUUAUUUGGAGAAAAUACACCCGCACCAAAACAUGGCAAAGAUACUGAAUGGGGAGCAGAGUGGGGGUGAUUUGCAGAAGCUACCCUCAACAAGGCAUGAUGAUGAGGAAAUGGAGAUGAUCAGUGAGUUGUACGAGAAAAGGCCGGAAAUGUUCGAGAAGUGGCUGAGGGAACGCGCACCACCCGAUGCCAUUCACAGGAUUCAUGCCAUUGUUACAAAGUCGCCCAAGAGUCCACGAAAGGGUGGGUCAGUGUCUUCUGACCUCUUUCAGCAGUGGCUAGCACUUUCGCCAGUUAGGCGAAGUCGUACCACCCAGAAUCAACGCUCAAUUGGCUCACGAAAGCAUUUGGAAAAUCUGAAUGAGAAUGAAUUGUUUAUGGAGUUGAUUCGCGAUGUGGCAAAUGAAUUGGAUAUCGACGUACUAUGCCACAAAAUUCUCGUCAAUGUGGGUCUGCUUACUCAAGCAGAUCGUGGUAGUUUAUUCCUAUCCAGAAAUACGGCUGCUGGAAGGAUUCUCGUGGCGAAACUUUUCGAUGUGACCCAAGACACGCCACUUGAAGAGGCCAUCAGGCAAGCUCAUGAAGAUCCCAUUGUGAUUCCCUUUGGGGUUGGAAUUGCGGGAAUUGUUGCAGAGACUAAAGAGAUUAUCAACAUAAAAGAUGCAUAUAAGGACAAACGUUUCAAUGGCGAAAUAGAUCUAAGGACAGGCUAUAAAACCAAAUUAAUUCUAUCCAUGCCAAUCUGCAACUACGAAGGCGAUGUCAUUGGGGUGGCGGAAAUUAUUAAUAAAAUUAAUGAUGCUGAUGAAUUUUCCGAGCGGGACGUCGAGGUUUUCCGGCGUUACCUUACAUUCUGUGGUAUUGGCAUACAGAAUGCUCAAUUAUUUGAAAUAUCCGUCCAAGAAUACCAGCGCAAUCAGAUACUGUUGAAUCUGGCAAGGAACAUCUUUGCAGAGCAGAGCAAUCUGGAGUGCCUCGUAACUAAAAUAAUGCAGGAAGCAAGGGAACUACUCAAGUGUCAGAGAUGUGCCGUAUAUCUUCUGGAUUUGGAUUGUGGGGAAGCGAAUCACCUGGAACGUAUUUUGGAGAAGCCAUCCCAGAGUAUUCAAACAUUUUCGCGACGUCAGAGCAAAGUCAUCAACGUGGAGGAUAUUCUGGAGCAACAAAAAUCACCCAUUCGAUUUACAACCCUCUUCGAGCUGGGGGCGGAAAAUCAAGUGGGAACCGUAAGUCGACCCACCGUAGAAGAUCUGCAGAACUCCACACUUGCCCUAAUCGCCCAGAUGGUGGCAUCCACAAAUCAAAUCCUCAAUAUCGAGGACGUACGAGAGUGGCUCAAGGACAAGACAUCGCUGUUCAAGGACGACGAAGCAGAGCACAUCUGCACGAUCCUAUGCAUGCCCAUCGUGAAUGGCGCUAAAGACGUUAUUGGCGUUGCUCAAUUAAUUAAUAAGAAUAAUGAGUCGAGUUUCAGCGAGUUGGAUGUAUCAAUCCUCGAGGCAUUCGCGAUAUUUUGCGGCUUGGGAAUUCACAAUACCCAAAUGUAUGAGAGUGCGUGCAAAUUGAUGGCAAAGCAGAAAGUGGCCCUCGAAUGUCUAUCAUAUCAUGCUACAGCCAGUCAGGACCAAACAAUUAAAUUGGCCCAAGACUCUAUUCAAUCAGCCGAGGACUACAGUCUCUAUAGCUUCAAAUUUAUAGAUUUCGACCUCUCUGACGAUGACACCUGCCGUGCUACUGUUAGAAUGUUCCUGCAAUGCAAUUUAGUUCAACAAUUCAAUAUACCUUAUGAAGUUCUCUGUAGAUGGAUUCUCAGUGUUAAGAAGAAUUAUAGGCCUGUUAAGUAUCACAAUUGGAGGCACGCACUCAAUGUCGCCCAAACCAUGUUUGCCAUGAUGAAGACCGGGAAGAUGGAGCGCUUUAUGCAUGAUUUGGAGAUUUUGGGUCUUCUUGUAGCAUGCCUCUGUCAUGAUCUCGACCAUCGGGGCACAAACAAUGCCUUUCAGACCAAAACUGAGAGUCCCCUAGCAAUUCUGUACAGCACCAGUACCAUGGAACAUCAUCACUUUGAUCAAUGUGUUAUGAUUCUCAAUUCAGAAGGCAAUAAUAUAUUUCAGGCUCUUUCUCCGGAUGACUACCGGCGCGUGAUGAAAACGGUGGAGGCUGCGAUACUCUCCACAGAUCUUGCUAUGUACUUCAAGAAACGCAAGAGUUUUCUCGACCUCAUCGAAUCAGGAGAAUUUGACUGGCAGGGCGAAGAGAAGAAAGAACUGCUUUGUGGCAUGAUGAUGACAGCAUGCGAUGUAAGUGCAAUUGCCAAGCCAUGGGAAGUGCAGCAUAAAGUGGCAAAAUUGGUGGCUGAUGAGUUCUUCGACCAGGGUGACUUGGAAAAGCUUCAGCUCAACACACAACCCAUAGCAAUGAUGGAUCGUGAACGAAAAGAUGAACUACCAAAGAUGCAGGUGGGCUUUAUUGACGUCAUCUGUCUACCACUUUAUCGCGUCCUGUCCGAGACAUUCCCAUGGAUGCGACCACUUUACGAGGGCACGAUGGACAAUAGGCAGCACUGGCAGGAUCUCGCAGAGAAAGUGGAAAUGGGCUUGACAUGGAUUGAUCAUGACACAAUUGAUAAGCCCAUUGAGGAGUUCGCUGCGUGCACAGAAGAAAUAAAGGACAUCGAAUUCACUGUGACAACUCUCAAUUGUGUGCACAAUGAGGAAAGUUCACCGUCACACGAGAGGCACCGUCGAUUCAAUAGCCUGAGGAAAUCGAAUGUCCUGUCGAGGGUGGUGCGGAAUCGUCUCUCAAAGUCACUCUACUGCAGCAAUUCCAAUAAGAAAGACGCAAUUGAUGGUGACACGUCUGACACUGCAGAGGACACCAAGGCACCCACCAAGGAGACCACCAAAAAAUCCAGCGAAAGGAGCAAAGGACACAAAAAACGAUCCCAUCUGUGUCUUUUACUGUGACCAGAGGCUUGCAAUCAGGAUGAUGCUCUAAGUAUUCUCUAAACCCCUACUCAAAUCUCAUAUGGUACUAAAAGAAAAAAACAACAACAAGAAAUUAUAUUGAAAAAUUUAUUCUCUAACAUCAGCAAAACAAUUCUCAAUAUUUGAAUUACAAUUCUUAGUUAGUAAUUAUAAUUUUUCUGUGGUAAAUUUAAAAAAAAAGUAAAACUUUUGUAAUAAGAACUAAGUUAAGGGAUUGCAUUGCAGAAAUACUUUACAAAAGAAAAUUGACUUUUUUCUGGUCCAAGAUUAUAUUGAAACAGAGUUUUUUUAAGAGUAUAUUGUUCUUAACAAAUUUUUCAUUAAAGACAUAUUGACAUUGCUCGAUUCUGCAAACUUUGCCUGAAAUGCUAUGUCCUGGAUAGACGUACGGCUCAAGCUGAAAGACGACUUCACGUAAUUAUAAUCAAAAUAAUUAUUAGACCAUAUUCCUAUCUGUUUCCCACUAAGCCUUUUCUCGGCUAAGCCGUAAAUCUGUCUAGGGCAUUACAAAUAUUAUCUUAUUUAUCCUAUUCAAGUUGUAUUACACUGAGGGAGAAAUCCGGAAAAGUUAAAAUAACAUUAUAGAAAUUUUAAUUUUAUCCUGCAAUAUUGAUCCGAAAUCGGUGUAAAUAUUAUGCUUUUUAGGUGUAUUAUGGGUUAAAGUUACCCUUUUUCAUGUUAAUUUUACACUUAAAAAAGGUGUAAAAUUAACAUUUAAAAAUGUUGAUAUAUUUUUACACCUAAAAAGUGUUAAAGCUACGAGGAAAAAAAGUUAAUCGCACCGAUUUUUUCUCAGUGUGGGUGAUAUUCUUAACAAUUUCACCUAGUUUCUUUUACAAUUGAUUUUCUUAAAGUGACCACUUAAGAAUAUUUGCAUUAAUAAAUGAUUCAAAAACUGUUUAUAAAAAAAAUCGCAAAUAUCUUAAGAGGUUGGAUAGGUUUCGAAUAAAAAGGCAAAAAACAAAUGGUCAGUAAAAAGUCAAAAGUGGUCAGCAGAAAAUCAAAUUAGAUCAGCAAAUAAUUCGAAAUAAUCAGCAAAAAUUUUCAAUUUUGUCAGUAAAAAGUUAAAUUUGAUCAGUAAAAACUUCGAAUUGAUCAGUAGAUAUAUUCGAGUUAAUCAGUAAAAAAUUAAAAAUUAAUCAGCAAAAAAUUAAAAAUGAUCAGUAAAAAGAAAA